AGUCAGAACAUAGCGCGUCGCCGUCACAUCAGCUCCAAACCUCGAAGUUGGACGUUCGAUCUGUCCGAAUUUUGUAGUUCAUGUGAUUGAAUCAAUCAAUGUCGCGAUAGGAUUUCGAUUUGCUUCUCUUCAUUAGCUUCCGCCGAAUCUAAGCAAGAGAUUACAUCUAUUCUUCCCUAAUCUUAAGCCUACUCUUGUGAAUUACGUCUGUUUUUUUUCUUACCUUUCUUUUUGCCGUCUCGAUCUUCCCAAUUUGGUUGGCUUUUUCUCUGCCGUCUCUGUUUGUGCUGUCUCUCGGUUUUCUCAGACCUUGUCGCCUGCCGCCUCUGGCUCGGCGUACAGGCGGAGUCUUAGAGGCGCAGGCGCGGAAGGAUCCGAAGGGGGGAGAGUGGCGCUGCCAACGAGCGGCGAACCGGAGGAGGGCGUGAUUUGGGGGGGAUGGGGGCAAUGCCGCUGGCUCAUGUGGUGGAUUAAUGCUUUGGUGCGGGGAUACCAAACCCCACCUCGGUUUUUGAUGCUUCCGGAAUUCACACCUCAGGUUCGCCGUCUUCUGCGACUCGAGGCUUUUGGCUUUGCGGUUCUUAAAAAUCUCACCUUCAAGCGGAGUGAAGCCGAUACAGAUCAUCUUGUUCUUCCUCCUUCGCAUAUGUCUUCCUUUCUCGUCGGCGAACAUAAAAAGGGCGAAAUGGCUGAGGAGUGCUGCUGUUUGAGUAAAGAGUUAAGCGUAAUAAAGCCACCAAAAAAACCACAUCUUGCAUUGAGAAUGUUUGUGUUAAGUGCCACUAUGAUUUGUAGCGUCUAUAUAUGCUUAGUGUGCCUGAAGCAAAUUGGAAACCAGAGCAUGCCUAGAGUUCUGAAGUUUGAGGUAAUAAAAGAAUCUUGUAGGGAUCCUGGUAUCUCACCAUCUGAUAUUUCUUAUGUGCAUUACCCAAAACCCGCAACUUUUAGCAGGGAUGAGUGUGCAUGUACACCAGUUCGCUUCUUCGCUAUCUUGUCAAUGCAGAGGUCUGGAAGUGGUUGGUUUGAGACUCUGAUUAAUAGCCACCCCAACAUUAGCUCAAAUGGGGAGAUCUUCUCUGUCAAAGAAAGGAGGAGUAACAUGUCCUCUAUCAUACAGACAUUAGACAAAGUCUACAACCUGGAAUGGUAUAGUAGUGCUUCUAAAAAUGAGUGCACAGCUGCUGUUGGAUUGAAAUGGAUGCUUAAUCAGGGUCUUAUGGAUCAUCAUGAAGAAAUAGUCAAAUACUUCAAUGAAAGAGGGGUGUAUGCAAUACUCUUGUUCAGAAGAAACUUACUUCGUCGUAUGGUUUCACAACUUGCAAAUGAUCAUGAUCGCAUAGCAAAGCAAUUAAAUGGCAAGCAUAAAGCUCAUGUGCACUCCCAAUAUGAGGCUGAUGUGCUUGCAAAGUAUAAGCCCUUCAUCAAUGCAACAGAAAUGAUGUCCAACCUCAAGUACUCUGCUGAGUGUGUUAAAAAUGCUCUGGGUUACUUCAGCAACACUCGACACAUGGUUUUGUACUAUGAGGAUCUCAUCUUGAACCACAUUUUGGUUGAUGUUCUAGAUUUCUUGAGACUACCCCAUAGGCAUCUGGUUAGUCGUCAUGUUAAGAUACACCGAAAACCACUGGACAAGCAGGUUGACAACUGGGAAGUUGUUGUCAAUGCUCUUAAAGGCACGGAGUAUGAAAGUUUUCUGAAUGCGGAUUACACACUGUAGAUUAUCAAAGUGAACCCUAUCAAUAUUGGGAUGUUAUACUUGCCAAAGUCCUUGCCAACAUCAAACUUUGCCAUUUGAGUGCAAGCUAUGAAGGCUAGGGAUUUUUUUUCUAAGAUUUUCCUCUUUCAAUCCUUGUUGAAAGACAACAGCCAGAAAAUUCACCACAUGAGCACUUGAUAAUGAAUGUAUAGUCAGGUCCUUUCUCGCUGCCUAGUCUAUUUAUUCUUGUUGAAGCAUCAUCAGCAAAGAAAAGGAACGAGUUGAAAAUUUCUCCAAAGCAUCAUAAGGAAUUCUGCUGUUUGCCCUUGUUUAUAUCUUAAAUUUGUGGAUUCUGAAGAUUAUUUGUGACUGACUGUAUUGGAGAAAUGAAGUGUUUGAGAAUUUUGUGAUGUUCUUGUUUUCUAAACUUAAAUUGGUUAUUGUAUCAACCAUCUUGAUAAAAAGUUUUUUACCCUUGUUUGUA